AUGCAGACCACACUGUCAUCCAUGUGGGCCAAUGCCUCGGUCGCCAGCGCCGGCGCGUACGACGAUGACAGUUGCCACGUCCACCAAGACCCUGUCGCCGUCUACCUAUCCGCCUUUCUGUGCGUCGGACUCGUCAUCUCUUAUCUGCCUCAAAUCUUGCGCAUCGUCCUCAACAAAUCGUCUCAGGGCUUCUCACCGUGGUUCUUGCUGCUUGGCGCAACGUCGAGCGCUUCUAGCUUCCUCAAUGUGGUUGCACUCCAAUGGGGGAUCGUCCGAUGCUGCCCAUCUCUGCCCACCUUGGAGUGCGCCGAGUCGCUGCUCGGCAUAUUUCAGGUCGGUCUGCAGUGGCUCAUGUUCGCUUCCGUAUUUGUGCUCUUCCUCAUCUACUACCCCGCAGAACAGAAGUACGAGCGUGCCAUUGCGCUUCCUCAACGCGAUCAUCAGGACCGUCGUCUUCGCGCACAGGCCCGCAGCGCUGCUCGCAGGGCCGCUGCCGAACGCAACAUCCCCUCUCAGAUCGACGAAGAACCAGCGAGACUCGCAGUACCCGCAAAGGCCUCUCGAACUGCCGUAGCCUCUUCGGCCAAUGAUGCAUCAUCCGCUGGCUCUGACAACUCGGACCUCGAUUCGGUCGACAGUCACAUUGCCCAGAACUAUACAAAUCCACCAGCCCACGUCGCAGACGAUGACUCUUCGGACGACGCCCACGAGGAGGUUCAGAAUGACGAUGAAGAUCCAGAGUCGCUCUCACACGCCGACGACUCAGCCAUCUCGAGGCGAGACGCCAGCAGCAGCGCCUUCUCACGCCUCGCUCCUGCCUUUUGGCCCAUGUGGAAGGCUCCCAACGGCGAAGUCAUCCAAGCCCCUGGUCGUCCCAGCAGAUCGUCGAAUGGACGUGCCAUUCUCACCAACGCGCCUCGCGGCAUGCAAAGGAUCGACCGUCAGAGGAGAGCCAAGCUCACCAAAAAGGCACUCCGCACCCGCAAGCGUCGCACCGAAGAAUGGAGUCUGGCUCUUGCGCUUGCAUGGGUCGUCUUGAUCCACUUCAUCUUCAUCAGCGCCAUCACGCUCUUGCUCGUCAGUUCGCUUCCUUCAAAGUCAUUCCCACCACCCGAAGAAGUUUCGGCUCUCUCCCACUGGACACAAGCGCUCGCCAAUACACCCGUCGCCAAGCUCAGCCGACCCUCUUCACGCCUGCUCGUCUCGCGGUGGGCCGCCUUCCUUGGCAGCUCAGCGACGCUGCUGGCUGCGGGUCAGUACCUUCCGCAGAUUGUCCACACUGCGCGCUCCAAGCUCGUCGGCAGCUUGAGCAUCCCCAUGAUGUGUUUGCAGGUCCCCGGCAGCGCCGUGUUCGUCUACUCGCUCGCGCUGCAGCCUGGCACUGACUGGUCUUCACUCGCUGCCUACGUGCUCACCGGCGUACUGCAGCUCGUCUUGCUCGUGCUCUGCGUGUCGUGGCGCGUUCGACAGCGACGUGCAGGCAUCGACGACUAUGGCCGCCCGCUUGCUGGCAUCUCGCUAUGA